AUUUUUGAGAAAAGUUAGCCAUCUCAGCUACCUACGUCCCACUCCCCACUUCUGUGUAAACUUUGACAAACCCUAAACCUAGCCUUUCUCCUCUCUUAAACAAAGCUUCUUCAAUGGCGCUUUCUUAUACUCCUACAUCUCUAGGCCUUACUUCCACUCAGAGACUCUGUAAUGUAAGAACUUCCCUUGUGGUUAGGUCUGUUUCCAAGUUUAGCCUUGGCUUUGGCUUCCGCUCCGGCUUGGUUCCGUUGGCUCAACAUAGUUUUAGGAAUAGAACGAUUCUCCCCUUCGCAGCUUCACAUGAGGAAUCGAAGCCUUCAGAUGUUGAAUUGGAGAAGGACAAUAAUGAUCUUAAGGAGGAGGCUGAAGCGCAAGAAGAAGCCUGGAAACAGACCCUAGCUUCCUUCAAAGAACAAGCGAUGAAGGUGCAAGCUGUGUCACAAGAAGCAUAUGAGGUGUAUUCCGAUAAAGCUAUGAUCAUUUUGAAAGAAACUUCUGAGAAAUUAAAAAUUCAAGCGGAUAAGGCAAGAGAAGAUUGGACUAUAAUUGCAAAGGAAAUUAGUGAGGAGAGUAAAGAAUAUUUAACCACUGCUGCUGAGAACUCACCUGAACCUGUGAAGGAUAUUGUUGAAACAUUUGUUUCCUCUGCAGAUGAAUUGAAUGACGUGUCGAAAGUGCGAGACUUUUAUGUGGGAAUACCUUACGGAACUCUUCUUUCUGCUGGUGGCUUUUUGUACUUCAUGCUAAGUGGAAGCACUGCUGCCCUUAGAUUUGGUGUUGUACUUGGAGGUGCUCUUUUGGCCUUAAGCGUCUCAAGUUUACGAUCAUGGAGAAGUGGAGAGUCGACUUCACUAGCUUUAAAGGGACAGGCAGCCAUUGCUACCAUCUUAUUUGUCAGAGAAUUUCGCUUGAUGUUGCAGAAACCGUUUAUUUUCAAUUUUAUUACAGCCACCAUCAGUGGAGGGGUGGCAGCAUUCUAUGCUUAUAGGAUCUUAAUGGAUGGUGAGCAGACAAAGGGUUCAAACUCGGCAGCACAGACAGAUAGUUAAAGCUAAUUCUUGGCAAGAAACACAUGCUAUAGGAGUUGGAGGGAAUUCAAGUUCACAUCAAUCUCAAUCUGGUAGAUAAUUGCCCAAUGUCUGUGCUUUGAAUCAUCUGAAGGACCCAACACAACUAGUCCUAGAAUGAUAAAUCUGCUCGUGCAAAUCAGGCGAUCUGCUGGACAAGGAUGCGUCUUUCUGUGCGCCUCUAAAUGUUGCAACUAGAGUAUUUGUGCAUUAUUUCCCGGUACUAAAAAGUAGUGAGUUAAGAUCUUGCUGGCAAGAACUGAGCAGGGGAUUCUGCAAUCCCUUAAACAUUUUAAGACGACUAUUAGGUUGUACUUGAGGAAGAUUUGCUUCUUUGAGAACGUUGGUUGAUGUAUUAAGGCAAUUGUAUCUUCGUUUUAAUAUGUGAUGGCAUUUCUGCAUCAGUUAUCAUUUCGGGGAAACAAGUGUCUAAAAUUUCAAAUUGGUUAUGUAAGCUUCUUCAGCUGAAAUUUUCUUCUUGUUCGCUCGCGCAAAUCAACAUUAGGACGAUUGAAUAACAAUGCUAAUAAUAACUGCGACGUUUUGUG